CCUGCCUUCUUCCUUCCUAUUGAGACUGUGUUGAACCUUGUUACAGUGGUGCCGAAACCCGGGAAGGAAGAAGAGCAUCGCCGCCAUGCAAUCUCCGUCAGGUACGCCAUUUGCGGACAUCAUCCAGUCGCUCGCCGGUCUUCAUCAGGAACAACAUCAACACAUGCUGGCGAUCAAGGAGGAGCAGGACAAACGCUUCGAGGCGCUCCUCCGGGCCCAGCAUGAAGACCGCGAGCUAUUCCGGAGCUGGGUAGACCGGGAGGCCCGGGCCACCCCUUCGUUUAAAGACCAGACAUCUCCUCUGCCGCUCAACAAGAUGGGGCCUCAGGAUGACCCGGAGGCCUUCCUGGACCUGUUUGAAAAAUCGGCAGAGGCUCGAGGGUGGCCCCCUGCGGACUGGCCCCUGCGGCUCAUUCCCCUGCUGUCCGGGGAAGCGCAGGUGGCCGCUCACCAACUGCCAGUCCAAAACCUCCUGGCCUACCAGGACCUCAAGCGUGCCAUCCUCCAGCGGGUCGGUCGGACUCCGGAGCAACAUCGCCAGAGGUUCAGGACUCUAACCCUGGAAGAGUCUGGCCGGCCCUUCGUGAUGGCACAGCAGCUCCGGGAUUCCUGCCGCAAGUGGUUGAUGGCCGACAGUAGCGACGUCGAGGAUGUGAUCGAUCGUGUGGUACUGGAGCAGUUCAUGGCCAAGCUGCCAAGGAAGACAGCGCAGUGGGUCCAGUGCCACCGCCCGACGUCGCUGAACCAGGCCAUCCAGCUGGCGGAAGACCAAAUGGUGGCGUGUCCAGGGGUCGGCGACCCCUUACCAUCUGCUUCUCUCUCUUCUUCUCUCUCCUCCCCUCCCCUCUCUCUCCCUAAAUCUGUCCCUCUCCCCAGGUCCCGUGGGGGGCUUCCGUCGAAGCUAGCCCCGAGGUGGAGGACGAAUUACGGGGCUGAGUCACCAGCAGGUCCCAGGGCUCCUCCCAGGGGUGGGACCUCGCCCAUGGGAUCCGUUCCCCAGGCCCCGGCCUCUCCGCUCUCUCCUCGCCAAUCGCUUGACCUACUUCCUGCCGCCAGGGUGGCGGUAAAGUCUGGGCCGGCCUGUUGGCGUUGCGGGGACCCAGGGCAUUUUAUCGAUAGGUGUCCGGUGAUGGAAGUGGGGACGUUGAUCCGGGUCCCCGACGCGCCAAAGGCUGCCCUCGAUCAGGCUGGCUUAUACCAAAUACCAACAGACGCGUCGAACAGAGGGUUGGGCGCAGUCCUGUCCCAGGAGGUGGAGGGGGAAGAACGGCCGGUGCUGUACAUCAGUCGGAAGCUCUCUAAGAGAGAGACGAUGUACAGCACCAUAGAAAAAGAAUGUCUAGCGAUCAGGUGGGCUGUUCUUACCCUCCGUUAUUACCUCCUGGGGCGGGAGUUCACCCUCUGUUCGGACCACGCUCCUCUGCAGUGGCUCCACCGCAUGAAAGAUACCAACGCGCGGAUCACCCGGUGGUAUCUAGCUUUACAGCCAUUUAAAUUUCAGGUGAUCCACAGUGCUGAUUACAUAAAUGCCAUUAGAGCUCCCAAUGGCAGCGCUGGAGUGCGGCGUCAGCCAGACGUGAUGGAGGAGAGGACAGUGACCGACCUGACACAACUCUACCUCCUGCUAAGUGCCCCCAAUCCACAUUGA